CUCUCUCUCUCCCUCCCUCCCACAGCACAGCUCACACACAUUUUGUACACCCGGCCUACCUUUGAACCAAUCAGAAGGCAGGAUUUUACUGUAAUAGGUAAACCUCCUGUUUGGGAAAAAAAGAUUUGGAGCCGGGCCCAUCCUUCCAAACAUGCCAUCAAGGUAGGUGCGGCAAUCAAAUUCCUUCUCCAGUCCUCGAGACACCUCUGAGAGAUGACGCUGAGACAAACGGCGAGAUAUGCGAGUCGAUUCUGCGACAGAGAAAUACAUUGUUUUUUCACCUGCUCCUUGCUUUCAACCGGCUCUUUGGAUUGACUCCCAAUACAAAUUUGCAUGAGUUUCUACCUUGGUUCUACAUUUGUUGGGGGGUCCCAGCAUUCAUGAUGGACUCUAGCAAUGUGUCCAACGUGUCCAUCGCGACGUACAACAACAGCAGCCUCGACUCAUGUCUCUCUGGAAAGAAAUAUGAAAAGGUCUUACUAUACCUGCUGCCCAUCAGCUACUCUCUGGUCUUCUUCUUCGGCCUCUCGCUGAACGCCAUGGUGCUAUUCUUCAUCACGUUCCGCACCAAGCGCUGGACCCCGUCCACCAUCUACAUGCUCAAUCUGACCGUGUGCGACAUCCUGUACGUCUUCACGCUGCCCUUCCUCAUCUACAACUGGGUUAAGGACUGGCCCUUUGGCGAGGCAGUCUGCAAAAUCUGUGCCUUUCUCUUUCAAGCCAACCACUAUGGCUCCAUUCUUUUCCUGUCUGCCAUCAGUCUGAAUCGCUUCAUUGGCAUCUGCUACCCGGUCCACUCCCUCAGCUGGCUCGGCGUUAAACGCGCCCAGCUGGUGUCCGUGGGCGUGUGGGCCUGUGUGCUCUCCUGUCAGGCACCUGUUCUGUACUUCGCCGGGACUAAGACGUCCAAACAUCGUUCUUUUUGCUAUGGCAUCACGAACCCGGAGCUCUUAUAUCAAUUCCUAGUCUACGGCUCUGUGAUCUCCGUGGUGACGUUCGUCCUGCCCUUCAUGCUGGUGAUGGUGUGCUACGGCCUGAUGGUGCGCAAGUUGCUGGAGCCCAGCUGGGGAUCAGGGGAGGGCCAGCAGGGGCUCCGGGCGGCCCACCGCACCAAGCAGAAGUCGGUGAAGAUGAUCAUCAUCGUGCUGAUGACGUUCAUGUUCUGCUUCCUGCCCUACCAGCUGAUCGAAUACUGGAAACUCGCUAUAUAUGAUUCAAGAAAGGAUCAGAUUACCUGUAAAAUGGGGGAAGCGUUCUUCAUAGCCUUCCAGGUGACCUGGCUGAUGGCCAGCGCCAACAGCAUCAUGGACCCCAUCCUCUACUUCAUGGUUGGCCAAGACUUCCGUAAAACCAUGAUGAAGAAGAAGCAGAAAGAAUCUGAAAAAAACCUUCGAAAAUCUCAAAAUACAGUUUUGAUGGCAUCACUGUGAUACCAGAUUCUACCCGAUAUAUAAAGCCUCGAAAUCCCACAAACCUACCUUUUAGUUUGUAUGCGUCGUAUCUCGUUAUUGUUGUAAAUAGGUAUGUGUAGCAUCCCCACCGAUGAAUGGCCAAGACUUAAACUGAUGGUUUUCUUGAUUUAUGUAAAUCCUUCUAUAGUCAACCAAUAAACCACCGUAAGAGCUAUAGGCAGAAAACAAAUACAAUGCAUUUACUACCUUGCCAGUGUCAUGUAUUAACCUAGCAUGACAUUGAGUAGAAUUACGUGGUAUAUGAACUUAACGCAUGUAAGAAAUGUCUUAUUACCGUACAAAAUCAUUUCAAAUGACAUUAACACAUUUUAACCGUAUAUUAUACAUGAACACUGACCUUGUGUCUCUUCGGCGGGUGCUAAAACAAUUAAAAAUUUAAACUGUAUCUCUA